AUGGCUCUCAAUCUUGUCAAAUACGAUCUUGCUUCUGAUCUCGGUGCUGCUGCUAGUGCUGUAGCCGGUGCCGUCAACACUGCCACUGCAGGCGCAGCUUCUGUUUUAGGUGAUGCCACUUCAGCUGUUGACUCUGCUGCUAAUGUUGCUACUGCCGGUGCUGCUUCUGUCUUUAGUGUCGCCACUGCCGGUGCUGACUCUGUUGCUCAUGCUGGUGCUUCCGGUGCUGCUUCACUUUUAAGUGAUGCUACUUCUGCUGGUGACGCUGGUGCCUCUGAUGCUGCCUCUCUUGCUUCAAGUCUUGAUGCCGGUGCUCAUAGUGACGCUUCCUCCGCAUUAAGUGCUGCUGUUGCUGGUAUUACUUCUGGUACUUCCAGUGCCGCCACUAGUUCCGGUUCAUCCACCACUUCUUCCGCUGGUGCUUCUCCAAUUGGUGGAUCAUUUGGUGGUGUUUCUGGUUCCUGGAAAUCCGGUACUGCCAUUGCUGCGGUUAUUGGUUUCACUUUCUUAUUUAGUGUCUUAUAA